UAUUAAGCAGCCUCUCCUCUUCGCCUCAAGUCUCUCUGAGCUAAACCAACCAGCCGCCCUCCACCACCGACGUAGAACUCGCAUUGCGAUGGCGCCGAAGAAGGAUAAGGCUCCUCCACCAUCGUCGAAGCCGGCGAAAUCCGGAGGCGGAAAGCAGAAGAAGAAGAAGUGGAGCAAGGGUAAGCAAAAGGAGAAGGUGAACAACAUGGUGCUGUUCGAUAAGGCGACCUACGACAAAUUGCUGACUGAGGCACCCAAGUACAAGCUUAUCACUCCCUCCGUUCUCUCCGAUCGUCUCAGGAUCAGUGGAUCGCUGGCGAGGAAAGCAAUCAGGGAAUUGAUGGCUAGAGGUUUGAUCAGAAUGGUUUCAGCUCAUGCAAGCCAGCAGAUAUACACCAGGGCUACGAACACCUAAGUAUCUUUCCCUCUGCUAUGUAGUACAGGGCUUGGAAUGGAAUUUUUUUAAUUAGAACCAUGUUCUGCUUGCUUUAAUUUUGCCUCUGUAGAACGUUAAACCCGUGUUUGUCAACUUUGCCAGAUUUUAUCAUCAGUUAUCAAUUUUGAGCUUA